AUGAACUUGGACAAUUCCUCGGCAAUACGCCGAAAGUACUACUACGCUAUGUACGAGUGGAACGUUUGGGGACGAUGCUCCUGUUUUGGUCACGCCACUCACUGCAAACCGAAAUCUUCCAGUGAAUUUCGAAACCUAGAAAAGGUCUACGGAGUGUGCGAAUGCACACACAACACGGCGGGUGAAAACUGCGAGAAAUGUGCCAGCUUCUAUCAGAACAAACCAUGGCGACCUGCGUCCAGACAUUCCGCCAACGCGUGUGAAAGAUGCGAAUGCAACGAUCACUCAGACCAGUGCUACUUCAAUCCCAUUCUCUACCUACAGUCGGGCAACGUGUCCGGCGGUCAUUGCUACCAGUGCCUUCACAAUACCGAGGGACCACAAUGCGAGUUCUGCAGUGCAGGCUUCUAUCGGCAUCCUGGCUACCCCAUCAACCACUCCCAAACCUGCCAACCUUGCAAUUGUCACGCCGGUGGCUCGGAAGCCCACGAGAAUUGCGAUCAGUACACGAAUCCCGCAGAGGGCAAGGUGGCGGGUCAGUGUGUGUGCAAAACGAAUGUGGGAGGCGACAAGUGUGACCGCUGUCGUGUCGGAUAUUGGAACUUUCGAGCGGAAGAUCCCGACGGUUGCGAAGAAUGCAAGUGUCACAUGCUGGGAACACUGGAGAAUAUCGGGUGCGAUCAAAUCACUGGCGCUUGUACUUGCAAGCGGUUCGUUGAAGGCGAAUUCUGCGAUCGGUGCAUGCCUGGCUAUUUCAACCUGACCGCCUCUCCGCAAGGGUGUCAACCCUGCGCCUGCAGUCCACUGGGCUCCAUAGGUCCGGAGUGCGACCCGGACAGGGGCAUCUGCAAGUGCAAAACAAACUUUAGCGGCCGAGAUUGUAGUCAAGUGGACGACGGCUACUACGUGCGCUAUCCUCAACUCAUCAUCGAUCAACCCAGUAGACCCCUUGAGAUUCCUGUUGAAGAGCCGAAGAAGGAUGGCAACUAUGUCUUCAUCAUUGAGAUAGAAUCCAAGCACUUUGGGCGAGGAGACAGGUGGAUUGUUACGGUGGACGUUAAGCAAGAGGGUUCCCCUUGUCGAAAUGUGCCAACUCGUGUUGAGAUCAACAGUGACACGAGAAAACUCGUUGUGCCGUCUGUGUGCAUGACUGGUGAUCGCAAGACCAUCGUGGCGAUCAUGCCCGAGGCGCGCGAGGGCUCACCCUACACGGAAAUCGUAAUCGGAAACAUAAUCUUCAAACCUGAUGACGGUGAGGUUGGCUCUGUUGCUGAAUACUGCGAGUCUUAUAGAGAGUUAUCUGAACGAAUUCUCAAUGGCGAAGUCGACCCAAGUCGAAUGCCACAGCAAUGCCAAACCUACUUCAACAUUCCCGAGUCGCAUUGGAAGGAGACAAGUGCUCUGGCUAUUCCUUGCGAGUGCAACGUCACGGGUUCCGUGGGUCCGAUUUGUGACAAGCUCACCGGACAAUGCCUGUGUCGACCAGGCGUUGUGGGUCGAAAGUGUGAUCAGUGUGACCUUUAUCACUACCACUUUAGCACUUCUGGCUGCACAGCCUGUAACUGCCACCCAAAAGGAUCUGUUAGUCUUCAAUGUAAUUCUCUCACAAGUCAAUGCUCCUGUCGACCUGGAAUUGAAGGCAGAAAGUGUGAUAUUUGUGGGAGCGGACAUUGGAAUUUCCCUUACUGCCAGCCUUGUGAAUGUAAUGGGAAAGCUGAGGAAUGUGAUCAAGUUACCGGCGCCUGCAUUGAUUGCCGCGAUAACACCGGCGGUCCCAGGUGCGAAUCUUGCGCACAGGGUUUCUACGGCGAUCCCCUGAGAGAUGUCCAAUGCCGACCCUGCGAAUGUCCUGGUGGAGGCGUUGACCACUCUGAGGGCUGUCAAAUACAUCCCGUCACUGGAAUGCAGUGUCACUGUCAGAUAGGCUAUACAGGUCUAAAGUGUUCAGAGUGUGCACCGAAUUACUACGGGAACCCAACGGAGUUUGGAGGUUCGUGCCAACCCUGUGAUUGCUCAGGCAACCUUCCACCGGAGGGUGGAUGCGAUCAGGUGACGGGCGCCUGUCUAAAUUGUCUCCACAACACCGAAGGCGAGAAGUGUGAUCGGUGUAUUUCGGGUUACUGGGGCAACGCCAGCCAACAGGCCUGUCAGCCAUGUAGUUGCUACUAUCUGGGCACAGUAGACGGAGUAAACGCAGUGUGCGAUCGUAACACAGGAGCAUGCAGCUGUCUCCCCGACGUCCUUGGACCGCGAUGCUUCGAGUGCGCACCACAGCACUUCAAUCUCACCUCGGGUCAUGGCUGCGAACCCUGCAACUGCGAUCCCACCGGCUCCCUCUAUCUUGACUGCCAUUCGCUCACGGGCCAGUGCACCUGUAAACCGGAUCGGGGUGGAAGGAAGUGUGACCAGUGCCAGAGAACUUUCUAUGGUGAUCCACGGCUUCCAGAUGGUUGUAAAAGCUGUGACUGUGACCGAUCAGGGUCGCUAAGCGAUACCUGUGACCCUGUAAGCGGUCAGUGCAUAUGUCGUGAGGGCACAGCCGGCAGACGGUGCGACCGCUGCGAUAGGGGAACAACGGGCAUCCUGCCCCACUGCCAAACCUGUGGCGAAUGCUGGACUAACUGGGACAAUACCAUAACUGCAAUCGUGGAUGAAUUGCACCGUCUACAAAACCAGACGUCUAGCCAGCUGCCCUCAGACUUAAAACCCGUUCAUAAUAUCCUACAGAGUCUGGUAGAACAGUUGGAGCUCAUCCCAGCCUCAAAUCUGACUGACAAUCACCUAAAAAAGUUAGCUGACGUUCUCCAACUAAUUGAAGGUAGGGUUAUUGCACUGGAAUCUGCGGACGGGGUAAAUGGAAAGUUUCCAAAAACAGUUGAAGCGCUGAUCAACCUUCAAAAGCAACAGGAUCUGCUGACAAGGAGCGUUAAAGAUAACGAAGUCUACCUCCAGCAACUUUCAAAUGAUCUUGAGAAGAUGAUCAAAAACAGCAAAACCAUUUCUUUUCAAGACCCAUACGGUGCUUAUAAUUCGCUGAUGAAGGCCGAAGAAGAAGCACAAAAAAUCGAAGCUCUUCAACGUAGUCUGGAAAAUCGGCGAACAGCUCUGGAAGCCCUGCUGCAGAAAGUAACGAUGGUCGUUAACGAACGAGGUGAAGCUGAUGAAGAGUUUAAGCGAGCGAUUAAACUUAUGGACGAACGUAUUAAAGACCUCCAAGAUGAAAUUCGCCAAAUUAACCGAGUGAUUUGUGGAGAUAACCAACGAGUUCCUGAAUCAGGAGCGGAUUUAAAGACUUGCCCAUCGUCUUGUGGAGGUGCGAGCUGUGACCCAAUCACCGCGGGAAUAUUUGAUCUUAUCGAGCAGCACGGAACGAGGGUAGCCGGCAGACUCCGAGUUUCUCUUGGUCUCGUUUCUAAUUGUGCCGGGACCACGGGUUGUUCAAUGAGCUUUGAAGGUCGUUUAAAGGAACUACUUGCUGAUCACCUUGCUGCCCAAAAUGGGCUUUCUAGCGUGCUUCAGAGAUCGGCCAAGGUUGAAAAUCUCAUCGCUGCGGUAAAUGCAUCUCGCACUGACGCCGAGAAUCUAUUGGAAGCUCUCUAUGCUCAGCAGGAGACUUUGGAAGCUAGAAUAAUUCGGAUGCAGAACAUCACUAAUACCUUGAUCGAGGAAGGUCAAGAGGCACUAAGGAAAUAUGCAGAAAUAACACUUGAGUACCACAAUGAGCUGGUGCAAAGGAUUCUUAGCUUGAAACACGACGUCACAUUGCAAGAAGCUCUCGAAGCGGGCAACUCCUUGCAACAACUUUCAUCUCAACUUAGUAGCAAGGUCGAUCGUAUCCUUACCGAAACAGCUGAAGAAAGUCAGAGUGCCAAGCUGCUUCGUGAAAGAGCUAAGAAUGUUAGAGAAAAGGCACGGAGCUUUUUGGAGCAGAUGAAUAAGUUGGCGAAUGUGAGUGAGAUUUAUGAUGAGCUUGAAAAGAGCAAGACCUUUAGUAGUCUGGAGGACGCUGAGCACCAGAAAUAUGAGGAAAACGUGAAGGAGGCGUUGAAUCGCUUGGAGAUGGGGAGACAAGGACUUUCACAGGAGGUUAGCACUCAAGCGGAUCAAGCUGCGCAGAACGCUGUGGACACUCAAAGACUCCUGGAGGAAACGGAGAUCUCCCGACAGGAGAGUCAAAGCUCCAUGCAAAAUCUGCAAGUGCUUAAUACAUCGUUUGGACUACUAGAGGAAAAACUGAAUGGUCUGAACGAGGCAAUGGAGAGGAUGGCUAACCAGAACGGGGGAGGCACUGCUGAUGACGGCGACUCGACAGACAUUGAGGAUCCUGGUGAACUGGCAAAGCAAGUAAACAUCUACAUCGAAAAACUCGAAGCCGAUCUGAUGGAGAUUGAAGCUAUGUCACAACCGCUUGUCUACGUAGAAAAAGAGAUCGGCGAUUUGACAGAAAAAUUGGAAAAUGUAGUAAAGGAAUUCAAGACGUUAGGUUCGAAGAUCUCACCCAAUACAAAACAUCAGCUUUUCUGCAGCUAA